GGAAUAUCUUCCUAACUCUGCAGCCUGUUGGGGCAGCCCCCCAUUUUUUCCAAGGAUCUGGGGUCCGCCACAAAAGAGACUUUGCCUCGGGGAGAGUUUGUCCUUGGCGUUCUCAUCCUUGCAAGUGACGGGUCAAGCCAACGAGGAAAUGGUUCCUGUCCUUGGCUGAAACCGCAGCUGCCGGAAUAUGCAGCCCGGGGGCCUUCCUGGCAGCGCAAAGGCAGCGGACUGCGCCAAGGAGCCGACCACCACGUCGUGCGCGGGGGCCACGGCCGGGAGGCAUGGUGACAACUUUCAAGAUUGCCGUGCUGGGUGCUCAAGGGGUCGGGAAGAGUGCCAUUGUCCGCCAGUUCCUCUACAACGACUUCAGCGAGGUCUGUGUGCCCACCAAGGCCCGCCGCAUCUACCUGCCUGCGGUGGUCAUGAACGGCCACGUCCACGACCUACAGAUCAUGGACUUCCCACCCAUCACCUCUUUCCCAGUAAACACACUGCAGGAGUGGGCGGACGUGUGCUGCCGAGGCCUCCGGAGCGUUCAUGCCUACAUCUUGGUCUAUGACAUCUGUUGUUUUGACAGCUUUGAGUAUGUCAAAACCAUUAGGCAGCAGAUCCUAGAAACGAGGGUCAUCGGCACGUCUGACACGCCCAUCAUUAUCGUGGGGAACAAGCGGGACCUGCAGAAGGGCCGGGUGAUCCCGCGCUGGAACGUCUCCAACCUGGUGAAGAAGACCUGGAAGUGCGGCUACAUCGAGUGCUCGGCCAAAUACAACUGGCACAUCCUCCUGCUCUUCAGCGAACUCCUCAAGAGCGUGGGCUGCGCCCGUUGCAAGCACGUCCACACCACCAUCCGCUUCCAGGGGGCCCUGCGAAGGAGCCGAUGUACCAUCAUGUGAGGUUUUGACGCCCC